AUGGAAACAACUAAAAACAAACCAGAAGCUACAAAUAUAUCUACAAAUAAUGAUUUAGCAACAGACAUGGAAACAGAUUUCAUAUCUCACAAGGAAAUAAACAACAAUGACAAAAAAGAAUUCAUUCUAGUUACUUCAAGGAAAGAAAAAUAUAAAAACAAGACCAAGAAAGGAGGCUAUUCUCCAUUUACUAUAGUUAACAAAACAGAAAGGAGAACAACCCUCAAAGGG